UCUUGAGCCUGAAGCAGUGUUUGUAGAAUUGACAAGUUUAGAGACAGUGAAGGAAAUGGCUGGUCCUAGGAUUGCUCAUGCUACUUUGAAAGGACCAAAUGUUGUGAAGGAGAUAAUUAUUGGAACAGUUCUUGGUUUAGCUGCUAGCACUGUCUGGAAGAUGAAUCAAUGGAACGAAAAGAAAAAGGUCAGAACAUUUUAUGAUUUCCUGGAAAAAGGUGAGAUUGGUGUUGUGGUGGAGGAAGAAUGAAAAUGGUUGUGUUUUCUGCCAAAACACUCCACUUUUUUGUUUUGCAUUUAUUUCUCUCUGCAUUCAAUUGGCUCUUGAUAUGUAUGUGAGGUGACUUUAAGAUUAAUAAGGAUUUUGUACCAAGGUAGAAAUUUUAUAGAGUUCUUUUUGUUGCUUUUCA